ACGGUAGAAAUUAGACACACACACACAUUCGCACGCGCACGCGCACGCACACACGCAUACAGGCAUACACUCACACACACGACCUGGGCUAACCAAUGCACUAAUCGCCUGCCCCGGGCAUAGGAGGAGCUUGGUGCUUAAGUAGGCUGCCAAUCAGUCACUCCGCAUCAGCUCCACAUCCAGAAGUUCCCGCGGCUCCAGACACUCGCAUCACUUCAGCAUUUCAGGUGCCAAACCGCAGCUCUGAUUGACACAACCGAGGGGUCAGGAGCGGAGAUAGUCCUGACAGGGUGUUUUUUUGUUUUUUAAAUAAUAACAAUAAUUAUAAUAAUAAUAAUAAAAAAAACACCCACACUCGGGACGACUUGUGAGUCAGACUACCUAACAGUCUUUCUGAGGAUUUAUACUUUUUUUUUUUCUUCUUUCCUCCUGCUUCUUGUUUUCUGCGUUUGCCACUUUUGGAGAGACCCCUCCGCUGGACAUGUCUUUCCCUCAGCUGGGGUACCCCCAGUUCCUCGGCGCUUCUCCGGAGCUUUACGCGGGCGAGCGGCCGUCCUCUGCCCGCGAGGGAGGCACCGAGGGCGGCGUGAGCUCUUCCUCCUCCACGGCCGCCGCCACCGCCGCCGUGGGCUCGAUGCUGGGGAUGUACGGCAGCCCGUGGAUGGCUCAUAACUACAGUGCCUUUCUGCCGUACAGCGGAGCCACAGACCUCGCACUCAUAUCGCAGAUGGGCUCCCAGUACGAGCUGAAGGACAGUCCCGGAUCCCACGCUGCCUCCCUGCCCGUCCACGCCGCUCAAGGUUUCUACUCCUACGGUCAGUACCCGUAUGGAGACCCUUCGAGGGCCAAGACGGCCACGCGCGAGACCACCAGCACCUUGAAGGCCUGGCUGCAGGAGCACCAGAAGAACCCGUACCCGACCAAAGGAGAGAAGAUCAUGCUCGCCAUCAUCACCAGGAUGACACUCACACAGGUGUCCACGUGGUUCGCCAACGCCCGCCGGCGUCUAAAGAAGGAGAACAAGGUCACCUGGGGCCGCAGCGCUGAGGACCGGGACGGCCGCAUCUUCAGCAGCGACAACGAGGACGAGCCCGGCAAGAACGGCAGCGACAACGAAGACGAAGAGGAGGAGAUCGAUUUGGAAACUGUGGAUAUAGAGAGAACCGAAGGACAGAGGGCAGAGGAGCAAGGCUGCUCCAGCAGAGACGCACUGCUGCCGGAGAGGGAGCAGACGGCGGAGUCGAAGAUGCCGGAGAGUGGCAGGACGCAGGGCUCGGAGGGCCCACGAGGAGGAGCUGGGACGGGCAUUUCUCUCAAUAACUCGGCUGUUAUCAAAAUCGGAUCGGAUCAUUCUCCCAGCAGACAGGAGUGCCAGAGUCCGGCGCAGAGCAAACCCAAAAUCUGGUCUUUGGCUGAGACCGCCACGGCCCCCGACAGCUCUCACAAAUCCUCCUCCGCGGCCCAUGCGCAUCACCCGGCUUUGGCCUCCGCGGGCCACCCGGCCUUACUCCCGGGUCAUGGGAUAUACACGUGUCAAAUUGGUAAACUGCACUCCUGGGCCAACGCGGCGUUUCUAAACACCAACUCUCUUUUGAACAUGCGCUCGUUCCUCGGCGGAGCCACAGCCGGACAUCUGCCAAAUCAUGGCCCAGUGGCGGCCGCGCGUCAUGACGCACGGCCGGUGGCGGCAGCGGCCGGCACGGGAACGUCGGGGACGGAAGAGGACAGUGACCUGGAGUCGACGGGAAGCUUCAGUCCGAAAAGAGAUGAUGAGGAGAGCGACCACGGGCCUGAUUCCCUGAAGUCCCCGUUUCAGCUGAUCACUGACAGACCUCACCACGGGACAACAACACAACGAGCUUUGACGACAACGUUAUGAGAAGACAAACAGCGGGAAAAAAUGAGAGAGAGAAGAGAUUUUAAGAACGUUUAAUUUAAUGAAAGAACAGUUUGAUAAAAGUUAUGUUGCUCACGGGUCACCUGUCAUAGUAUAACUAGCUUCUACUUGCGAAAGAGAUUGUUUUGGUUUUUUUUGUUUUGUUUGUUUUUUGGAGAUUUUGUCAGAGAUUUAUUCUUCCUUUGUGGUUUUUCUUUUCUUUCGUUUUCCUGGCCUUUUCCUGUUGUCAAUGGAAACUUUUAAAAUUGUAAAUACAGUAUAUUAUUUCGUCCUUAAAGAAUAUAUUUUUUGCGAACUAAAUAAAUGUUAUUAUAGUCACUUACUAUAGGAGAAUUAUGCCUGACUGGAAAUUGUACAUAAUUGUUCAAAUUUGAUACAGAAAGUUUGGAAACAG